AUGAGGGCUCUCUCUAUAUUCACGGCAUUGAUUUGCCUAGUUAUCUCGUCUACUGCCAAAUCUACUGCUGACAAGUACGAAACCUACCAAACUCGGGCAAAAUCGAGCACCCCAAUUGAACUUGAUGAUCAGUCGUAUGAUGACCUGACAUCGAAACCACGCGACUACCAUGUUGCCAUAAUCCUCACCGCUGCAGAUGCGAAAUAUGGGUGCCAGGUUUGCCGCGAAGUUCAACCCGAAUGGGAUCUCCUCGCCCGAAGCUGGACUAAAGGCGUCCGUCAGGACUCACCUAGAUUACUUUUCGGUACUCUGGAUUUCUCUCGGGGAAGAGAUACUUUUCAGAAGCUUAUGCUUCAAACGGCGCCGAUUUUAAUGUUCUUCCCUCCUACCGUUGGCUCUGGGGCGAAAGCAGAUAGAACCCCUAUCCGAUAUGAUAUCACGGGGCCGCUAUCCGCAGACCAGAUAUUCAAUUGGAUGAAUCGAUACCUCCCAGAAGGCCAUAGACCGCCUAUUGUCCGUCCCAUAAACUAUGGGCGAAUCAUGACAACAACGACAUUAGUCCUCGGUUCUAUAACUCUCUUUACCGCGUCGUCACGAUUUAUCGUACCUAUUAUCCAAAACAGAAACCUGUGGGCCGCAAUAAGCCUGAUCGCGAUCCUCAUUUUCUCCAGCGGACAUAUGUUCAACCACAUCAGAAAGGUGCCAUAUGUGGCACCGGAUGGAAAGGGGGGUAUCAGCUAUUUUGCCCCUGGCUUUUCGAACCAAUUUGGUUUGGAAACUCAAAUUGUUGCAGCUUUAUAUGCUAUCCUCUCAUUCGCUACGAUUUUCCUUGCAGUGAAGGUCCCUCGAAUUGUGGAUCCUAAAUCGCAGAAAGUGAACGUGAUUGUUUGGGGUUCUGUUGUCUUUGUUAUGUAUAGCUUCCUCCUAAGCAUGUUCCGUUCCAAAAGUGGUGGUUAUCCAUUGUUUCUCCCUCCAUUUUAA